AUGAGCCGGCAUGCGAUCAAUGUCGAAUCAAGAAGACAAAAUGUGACAGGAGGUCACCGCAAUGCGGCACCUGUGUGCGAGCAGGACUCCAAUGUAUAUAUUCCGAGCGGACCAAACGAACUAACUAUACAAAGAAGCUUUGACAUUGUCGUUGGCUACAGGAUGCUGGAUAUCGGCGAGCUGGCCGCACGCCUAGAACGAUUAGAGAACGCAGUAGACCGCUGUACAUCGGUACUCACAGCUCUGUCCAAUAAGACUACAAUGUCUUCAACUCCAACGCCUGAUAGCGCAGUUGGGUUUGAGCGUGAUGAGGAAGACAUGCAAGCGGUGCAUACCAUUCAGAACGGCGCUCUCACCACUGACGAAGAACGAAUAGUGGAUACGGAUGGUGGCUAUCGCAGUCAGAACAAGGAUGACAGGAAACGGCAUUAUCGAGCUACUUCCAUGGAAUCUCUGUUCAGCAGCAUCCACAAUAGUAUUGAUAAGUGCUUGAAAUGUUAUACACAGUCGACCGAUCCUAUGGAAGAUCAUAUUUAUAAUGAAUUGCUUAAGACCAACCAACUGUGGAUGGACCAAUUCAACGAUAAAUCGUUGACUGCCGACCUUUCCGAUGAUGGGCUACCUCCAACUCCUCCUUCAAAGGAACUGCUCGAUUCUUUGACCGAUGUUUACUUUCGACAAGUGAAUACCAUACUGCCGGUUCUAUCACGCGAGCGCUUUUAUGGACAUUUAUACAGCAUUUCCGAAAUACAGGAUGACUCUGCCUGGGUUAUCAUUUCGAACAACCUUACCAUUCAAAGCCUAUAUCAAGUAGUUCGCUUAGCAGUGCAAGGAUCUGAACAACUUGUGCCGAUGGCAAUGCACAAGGAAGUUGUACAGCCGUUCCUAGAGAAUGCCCGAAGAGCAUUCGCACAUAUCAAAUCUUUGCAUAGUCCGCGCUUAAUCAACGUGCAAGCCAUAACUUCACUUUUCUUGAUUGCGAUGGACCAUUUUCAAAUGGAAACAGCAGAUGUUCUCCUCGAGCAGGCCUGUCGACUUGCACUUGAUGCUGGCAUCCAUCAUGAAAAUAACGGAACGUUCAUCUACUCCCCAGCCGAGAUUAAGGAACGUCGAGGGCUGUUUUGGACUCUGUUCGUUCUGGAUAAGAACUGGUCUCUGAUCAAAGGCCGCAACCCUUUCAUUCCUCUACAGACUUGCUCUAUUCCUUUCCUGACGCCAGAUACAACAAAUGAAGCCGAUAAUGUACUCGAGAAGUACUUCUUGGUGCGGAUCCGUCUUGCUAUGAUUCAAGAGCAAAUCUAUCUAGAUCUGUAUUCUAGUCAAGGGAAAAGGCGGCAACAUACCCUUGACACCAUUACGGUCUUGGAUAAUUUGCUACAGCAAUGGUACAAAGAGCACACUGCACUUCUGGAUGUAUCAUUAUUGAAUGGCCCUCAAUCUGCACUGGCCUUGGAAAUUCUAUUCCAUUACCAAAACUCAAGAAUACUGGUUCUUAGUUGUGUCGAUGAAUGGUCUUGCCGGGCGGCUUGCGUGAAUUUGUCCAGAGAAAGCAUUAUGAUUCUCCAAAAUUUGAACCAAUCACGAGGCAUCGAAAAGCACUCUGCUCUUCACCGUGGCCUACAACUUGUUCCAUUCGCAGGAUUUACAGAGCUCGUACAGAGCAUUUUGAACUCUGUGGGACAGCAGGACGCGCCAAUCACAAGCCUGAAAAGUGACUGUGAUCUGCUGAGAAGCGCUGUUGAGAUCAUCGAGAAUAUCACCAGCCCUGAAUCACCAAAUACUUACGGUUUCAAACUUCAUAGUACUGCGUCACGCUGCUUGGAUCUUGUAUCAAAUAUUGUCAGCUAUGCAGAAUCGCGAUCAACGAUGGCAAUUGGCAGUACCACUGAAGUGGUCACCCCCAAGAACAGAAAACAGAAAUUCGAACCCCAGAUGGUCAAGCCACUGGAAACCUUUAAUUCGAAUAACAUUUACGACAUGUUUGAUGAUUUCGAUAUGACUUAUGACCCCUCAACCCAGACGAUAGUCCCGUCAACGGCAACAUUUCCUUUUCUUUCAUGA